GAUGACUGAAGUAUACAGAUUUCAUUCAACAUUUUACUUUGAUAUUGUGUUUAAUUUCAAUAUAGACAACUUUUAGUUUAAAACGUUGGAAAUGCUUAUGCAAUGAGCGAUGGUCGCCCUGUAAGCGGUCAGUUGAAGAAGUUUGUGUUUCGCGGAAAGUCCACAACUAACGGUGACACUCGAGGUGAAUAUCUUGAGAUUAAAAUACCGGAGUUGCUUUCCGCUGGCUACUCGUUUUACACGUGGCCUUCUGCACCACUUCUAGCUUGGUACUUGUGGACGCAGCGACGACAUUUGCGCGGUCUCCGAGUACUAGAGCUCGGUUGCGGCACUGGUUUACCAGGAAUAUUGGCGGCAAAGUGCGGUGCUCGCGUCACUUUAACUGACAGCGUUGCAUUACCACGAUCACUGCGACACUUGUCUGCAUGCUGUGAGGCAAACAAUCUCGUUCCUGGCCACGAUAUACAAAUCUUAGGACUCGCCUGGGGUUUAUUUCUUACUGAUGUCCAUUCCUUACGUCCUGUAGAUCUGGUUUUAGCUUCUGAUUGUUUUUACGACCCGUCGCAGUUUGAGGAGGUUAUAUCAACUGUUGGUUACUUACUAGACGGGACUGACACUCGAUUUUUAUGUGCUUAUCAGGAACGCAGUGCCGACUGGUCGAUUGAAGCUCUACUGAAGAAGUGGGGACUGAAAGGAGCUCUCAUUGACUUGGAUUCUCUGAGCGAGAGCUCAGGGGUUGAUUAAUUUAGCAUGGCAGCGGCACAACCAGAAUACCCAGAUUCAGACUUCUCUGAUGAGGAUCAGUCACCAUUAGAUGUAUCUUUUAACCAAGCGGCUGGCCAUGUAAGGAAGCUCACCAGCAAACUGGACAACAAUCAACUUUUAGAGCUCUAUGGACUGUAUAAACAAGGUACAGAAGGUAAAUGUAACACACCUAAACCUGGUUGGUUGGAUGGCAGGGGUCGUAGAAAGUGGGAGGCUUGGAAAUCACUUGGUGAUAUGCCCAUUGUAGAAGCCAAGGAAAAGUAUAUAAUAUUAGUUCAGAAGUUUGAUCCGGAAUGGUCAGAUGAGCGUGCAACAGGUUUAAAAGAACAGUGGGUGGCUGUCUCAUCACUGAGACGAUCUUCUGAAUCAGAACUUGAUGAAGAUGAGUUAUCACUAUUAGAUGCAGCUAGAGAGGAUCGAGAGGACCGUGUAGCGGAGUUAUUGAGGAAAAACCCUGAGUUGAGACAUGAGAAGGAUGACGAUGGUCUCACUGCUUUACACUGGGCUGCUGACAGGAAUGCCACUAAAGCCUUGACUGCUGCUAUUGAAGGUGGAUGCGUAAUAGAUGCAGUAGAUGAGUACGGACAGACUGCCCUUCACUAUGCGUCUUCCUGCGGUCACAUCCAUUCCACAAAAAUACUGUUGAACGCUGGUGCCUCAUUGUUAAAAGACGUUGAUGACUGUACACCUUUAGAUUUAGCCACAGAUGAUGAAAUUAAGAAACUUUUGGAAGGUGCUAAAAUGUAGAUGUAAAAUGUAAAAGCCAGAUCUUGUGGCAAUUUUAGUUAGAAUUAUUUUUUGUUGUAAUGUAGUACCUAUAUCAAUAAAUUUUUAAUACG